GUGGCGUGUUUGGGAUUGUUGUGAGGGGAGGAGGACGCCAUCUUCUUUUCCCUGCAACUGAACUGCAGACAGGGAGAGGCGGUGUUUGAGGGAUUAUGUUUUAGAUUCGCGUUUCUAAAGCUAGCUUUCCAAAGAGGUCACCGGGAUCUCAUUAGUAACAUACACAGCAAACGCAGGCUGAAGUUUUUGUUGGUUUAUUUUAUCUGUAUAAGAAGGGUAUGAUGAAUGGAGGAUAAAUGUUGCUCAAAGCUGACAGCAGCAGUUUCGUCCUCCUUCUCUGUCUUCUUUUUGCUUUGAGUCUCACGGAUCCACCGCGGGCAGGUCCACGGCUAGCUCUGGCACGACUGUUGUCAGAGCUCCGGUGUAACCCUGGCCAGUUUGCCUGCCACAGUGGCACCAUCCAGUGUAUCCCCUUGUCCUGGCAAUGCGAUGGCUGGCCAACCUGUGAAGAUGAGAGCGAUGAAAUGGACUGCCCCAGUAUAACUGUGGAUCAGAGAUCCAGACAUGGGAAGGAGAGCAUUGAUAACAGACACAGCCAUGGCAGAUCCGGAGAGGCCCCCCACUUUCACGCUGGCAGCGGGGAGAAGUCUCUGCCCUUUAGCAAGAAGUGUCCUACAGGAUGGCAUCACUAUGAGGGAACGGCCAGCUGUUACAGGGUGUAUUUAAACAGUGAGAACUACUGGGACGCUGUUCAUACAUGCCAGAGAGUCAACGGGUCCCUGGCUACGUUCGCCACUGACCAGGAGCUGAGGUUCAUUCUCGCACAGGAGUGGGACUUUGAGGAGAGAACUUCUGGACGCAAAGACCAGCGCAGGUUUUGGGUUGGCUAUCAGUAUGUCAUCACAAACCGAAGCCGCUCACUCGAAGGACGCUGGGAAGUAGCUUAUAAAGCAGGUUCCACAGAGGUAUUUUUACCCCCAGAGAGGGUGCCUAUUUUUGGGACAACAAUGCCAGAUCAUGAAAAUGUUUUAUGUGCACAGCUGCAGUGGUUCCAUUUACCAACAAUUCGCAACUAUGGGCUGCACAGUUGGUAUGCUGAAAACUGCUAUGAGAAAUCUGCUUUCCUCUGCAAGAGAAGCCAGACGUGUGUGGAUAUCAAGGAUAACGUUGUGGGUGAAGGGUUCUACUUCACUCCGAAGGGCAAUGACCCCUGCCUGAGCUGCACGUGUCACAAGGGUGAGCCGGAGAUGUGUGUGGCGGCUCUGUGUGAGCGACCUCAGGGCUGCCAGCACUUCCGCAAAGACCCCAAAGAGUGCUGCAAGUUCACCUGCCUCGACCCAGAUGGAAACAGUCUGUUUGACUCGAUGGCCAGUGGGAUGCGCCUGAUCGUCAGCUGCAUCUCCUCCUUCCUCAUCCUGUCUCUGCUGCUGUUCAUGGUGCACAGACUCCGCCAGAGACGCAGGGAGAGAAUCGAGUCUCUCAUUGGUGGAAACUUGCACCACUUCAACCUGGGUCGCAGAAUGCCCGGUUUGGAUUACGGACCGGAUGGGUUUGGCACAGGUCUGACUCCGCUGCACCUUUCAGACGAUGGCGAGGGAGGGGCUUUUCACUUCCAUGACCCUCCACCUCCUUACACGGCCUUCAAAUACCCUGAUAUACAGCACCCUGACGACCCCCCGCCCUCUUAUGAGGCAUCCCUCAACCCAGCAACCAUACUGAUUGUCAGUCUAAAUGAGAACAAUUCUCAGACACAUCGGAGCAUUCAGCCACCUAUAGAAACCAGCGAUCUACACCCGGAAACGACAGAGGAAAGAGCAGAGGAAGGUUCCACUUUAGAACAGUCUUCAGAAGAACUCGAGGAUUCCAUCGACAGUAGCACUCUGCUCGUCCCACCAGAUUCACCUACUGAUGAAACUACAGCGACAGAAACUGCAGUGACAAGCUGCGACAGUAACUGUUCACUAAAUACUGUGGUGUAAAAAACAACGUUAAAUGGUUAUUUUGUGGUCGAAUGAGUAGAGGAGCUACUUGCACACUGCUGUACAGAGAGAAGAGGAACGCUAGUCAGACGUCUUUAGUAGUGUUAUGAAACACUCUGCUUUCAUGUUUCAGUUUAGCGUCACUUUUUUGUUGUGUAAAUAGAGAUUGCGAAAUCCCUGCAUGUUUCCAUGGAGGAAACUAAAACAAGGUUCUUUAGGGAAUUAGAAAACAAAAGAAAUGAGGCAGCUUUUUGUUAUUUUUAAAAAGAAACCAUGAAUUUGCAUCUGAAUGUGGAUUAUCUUGAGUAAAAUGAACUUGGGACUGAAAGACUGAACUGUGGAGAAAUGUCUGUGUGCUUAAUACAUACCACCCGCACAGAGAGCUGGAAACUUUAGAAGGCUUGAACUUUCUCUCCAGAACGAUCUUCUUGAAAAAUCGAAUUGGAUUUCACAAUGCAUUUGUUUGUUUUUUUGUAAAUAUGGGUCUCUAUAUUUUGGAGGUGAUCUAAUGAGCUGAUGUGCAAAUGUUUAAAGUUUCUGUGUCCAGAAAAAGACAGGGAAAUAGAAAGGAUCCAUUUGGACUUUGCAGUGGUCGGAUUAAAAAUUAACACAAAGGUUUUAUACUAUGCUUUAAUACUAGUAUGUUUUUGUUCUAUUAAAGUUUAAUGCUUACCGUUUAAAUGAUCAUGAAAAAGUAUAGCUUUUUUUUUUUCGUGGCAGACAUUUUGCACAUCACUGAUGUAUUGAAGCGGGAAAUUCUGAAAUUUUUAUUAAAUCACUGCACAAACACAUAUUUACAUUUUUGUAUGUAAACUGGUCAGAUUGUCCUUCAUUUGUGCAAAAUGUCAUGUAGUUUUUUUUUUUUUUGUGGCUUAGUGGGGCUACGUUUUAUUGGCAAAUGAACACCCACACAGACUAAUGUGUGUGGCUCUAGAGAUUUAUAAAUCAGAGAUUCAUAAUUGCAAUGAUUUUUAACAUGUCAUUCUAUGCCAGUCAAAGCAGGACCAACAUUGAUCAAAGGGACAGGCAAUCUGGUCCUGUAGGGCCAUUCUGCGCUACAUUUAAUGAUAGAAGGAAACUGCUCCGGAACCUGGUUAGUGGCCCAAUAGGGUCAAUUAAACAGUUUGGAACAUGGUUGGAAUAAGUACCUAUUCUGGAAGUGUUCUAUCACUGUUCCUGUACAUAAGAAGAAAUAUUUAUUGGAAAGUUUAGAUCCAUAGUGAAGUCCAAUGAAAGGACAUGGUUUGCCCUGGAUUGUGUUCAGAAAUUAAUGAAUCCGGUAUUGUAGAAAUGACUGCAGUUCAUCAUGUUUCUGAACCAUCUUGGUACUAGAGAAAAUGCUUCUCAUGGUGGACUAAUUGAUCUUUAGCUUCCUAAUGGAAACAUUACUAUUACAAAAAUAAAAAAGUCCAAUAUCUGAACUCCAUUUGAGUCACCUGUGUUUCAAUGUCUCUGAGGACUCACAUUGGCCACACAGAAUGUAACACAGUAUAAAAUGAAUUUCAAUUGGAAAUAUCAUUCAAACGUCACACACACACACACUAUUACUACCUAUAUAUAUAUACCAUAUUCCAAAUAUUUCUGUAUAAUCUGGGUGUGUUUUGGGCCACUGUGAGCAUCCACUUAUUUUUAUUUUAUUCUAUCAAUCGUUUGAUUUUACAAAAUGUUUGCAAGUACAGUAGUUCCAGUAAAUUGUGAUACAAUUAAAGUGUGGCAGUGUAAGAGGAACACAUGUUGAUCUGAAAUGAUAUGCUGUCUCAUAACAUUUGAUACUGUUCAUGUUGUACCUGUCUUUUUUGUUUUAGGUUUUCUUUUUUUCCUUCACAACACUAAGAAUAAAGUUCUUAUUUUUCUCAA